UUUUGGUAUAAAAGCCUGUGAUUGAGGUUGGAUAGUUACUGCAGCUCUGAAUUUACAGUGGGCGGUGUUCAAUACUUCAAAACUUCAUCAACAUGUAUAAACUUCUGGUUAUCUGUGCUUCUGUGGCAACUGCCCUGGCCUCCCCUGUAGCUGAUGCUGAUCCUCACUACGCCGCCUACGGAUAUGUCCCCGCCCUGUACAACUCCUAUCCUAACUGGCCAGGAGUCUCCACCCCCUACUCCUCCUCCACCUGCUUCGGAUGCAGGGGUAAGAGGUCUGCUGAUGCUGAUGCUGAUGCUGAUGCAUCUGCUCUGUAUGGAUACUACGGAUAUGCUCCCUAUGCCUAUGCUCCCUAUGCUUAUGCUGGAUAUGGAUAUGCUCCCUAUGGAUACGGUCACGCUACCUCCUUCGAGGCCAGAUCUCCCCAGGGACUUAGAGGCAAGAGGUCCGCUGAUGCUGAACCCGAGGCUGAUGCUUAUUACUCUGCUUAUGGAUAUGGAUACCCCAGUGCUUAUGGAUAUGGAUAUCCCAGUGCUUAUGCCUACGGAUAUGGAUACCCCAGAGCUUAUGGAUAUGGAUACGCCAGAUGGUAAACCAUGAAGUUGUUAUGUUGAAUGUUGAAACUUGAAUAAAUUUUUUAACUUUGA